CGGUAACACCGUGGGAAGAGGCCAGGGAACUGCCCAUCUUGAGCGGUGAAUGUUACCACGGCUCUGAAUGCAACAUGAUGCUGCCACCGCCGCUGCCACCGCUGCUCCUUCUGCUGCUGGGGGUGGGAAUGGGCUUCGCCCCCGAGGCCGACCACCCCCGCCAGGACCACCAGCCCCCGCGGACCUCGGAGCCAAAAGCAGAUGCCGAUUCUGCAUCACUUGAAGCCCAUAUUUACUACUGCCGCUCACCCAACAUGGAGACCUUCACCUGCUGGUGGCGUUUCCAUGGCAACGCUUCGCAGAGUGACCAUAACAUCACUGUGUCGCUCACCUACACUGUGGGCAAGGGGCCCCGACAGGAGUGUCCGGACUACGUGAGCGGCGGACCCGACAGCUGCUACUUCGACAGCCGUCACACCCGGGUGUGGGAGAUGUACUGCAUGAGCGUGACGGCCCGCGGCGCGAGCGGCCUCCGCACGUCCCAGGAGCUCUGCGCGGACGUGGCCGACAUCGUGGAGACGGAUCCGCCCUUCGACCUGACCUACCGGCCGAGCAACAGCAGCGCCGACGAGGCCGGGCGUACCACGGUAAUAUCCUGGCAGUACCCGAUCGCUGCGGACGUGCAGAUGGGCUGGGUCACCCUUGUCUACGAGCUCCAGUACCGACGCGAGUCGGAGCCCCGCGACUGGAAGGUCAAAGGCAUGUUGCGCGAACCUCGGCUGGAGCUGCCGGAGCUGCCGGCGGGACGCUACGUGGUGAGGGUGCGCUGCAAGUCCCACAACUCGGAGCUGUGGAGCAAGUGGAGCGAGAGCCUCACCGUGGAUAUCCCAGCGAGACAGACGGCAGUGGUGUCUCCAGACAAGAGUGUGGCCUUGGCCCUGCUGAUGAGCUUUGGGUCCGUGGCCAUCCUUCUCAUCGGCUUUGGAGUUGUUCCACAGGGGAAGAGGAUAAAGGCCUUCCUGCUGCCUCCUGUCCCCAGGCCUCGCAUCAGAGGGAUCGACCCCGUAGUGCUCAAGCGCGGCAGAGUGGAUGAGAUAAACCAGCUCUUCUUGUCCCUCCAUGGCUACUCGUCCCCUCAGUGCGCAGAGGACCCUUGGCUCCACGUCACCCUAGACGAGAGGUUUUCCUUGAAGGAGAGCCACACCACGGUAAACACCUCAGGCCAUGUACCGUUUGAGGGUCAGCAAGCCCUACCGCCAGUGGAGGACCCCACACCCUACUGCCAGGGUCCUGGCCCCUACUGGGAGGGCAUGCCGCAGAGCCAGGAGACUCUGAACAUUGGAGGGCCUGGCUGUGCCCCCCAGACACUGACCUUUCCCAGCACCCCCCAUGUGGUGCAGGGCUACACUACGGCUAUGAACCCAGCACUGGUACCAGCUGCCUGCCAGGACUUUUAUACCUGUGUGGCAGAGGUCAGCUCCCAGGGGGCCGUGCUCCUUUGUCCACCCGACUACCUCACGGAAGUAUUCUACCUGCAGCUCCGAGAUCCUGCACAGCCUGUUAAGAAAGGUGCUCAGGUGGACAUGGAGAGGGGUGGAGUUCACUGGUCUGGAGCUGCUUACACCUCCCUGGAGAAUCUGAGCCCUGAGAGCACAGGGUAUGUGGGCGUGGCCCCAAACCACAUAGGCUGGCAUGAGGGCGGAGCAUUUGUCCAAGCAGGCAGAGAUGUGGGUGUGGCUUCCACACACGGUGGUCUGGAUGUGGGGGGGGCUUCCGCAAGGGAUGCCCAGAAGUACACAGUGGCAGAAUGUCUGUGUCCAGAGAAAAAUGAGCUCAGUGCGCCUCUUCUGCCAGCUGCAAUGGAGAGGAUGUGAACACAUGUCCUUGUGGACACACACAAACACCUUGUAUCCACACACCAGGUGCUUCAGCGGGAAGCAGAGGAGCAUAAAUGAUUUUGAAUAAACGAGCACAUGACGUGUUGCUUCGUGGCACCGAUCACAAGCACUCCAUGAAGGACAUAUUUCACGGUGGGGUAGAGCAGCCCUCCCUGUCCAGCUGUCCUGUCUCCAGGUCAGGGCUCUUCUCCCAUGCUGCUCUCAUUCUCCCCCUCCCUCUACAAAUGGCUGCACUGCUGGUACGGACCCUCUGUAGGACAUAUUGUAGCACGUACGCACGCACACACGCACGUGCACAGUGUUGCAUGGUACGCCUGAAUUCGUUCAUCCUGCAGGUCUUCUGCACGCAGCUGAAGAGCGUCAAAGACAGAAGGUGGCAGGCCCGA